AUGAAGAACCGUUUACGAUUAAAGACUACUGUUGAUGUAGUUCGUUGGUUGACAUACCAAGCUUGUGCUUUACGAGGACAUGAUGAAUCUGCUAGUUCUAAAAAUCUAGGUAAUUUUCUGGAAUUGCUAACACUUCUUGCUUCUUAUAAUGAUGAAGUUUCAAAGGUUAUACUAGAGAAUGCUCCUUAUAAUGCAAAGUAUACUUCUGUAGAUAUUCAAAAAGAAAUUCUUAGUAUUAUUGCAAAUAAAAUUCGAAAGCAUAUUCGUAGUGAAGUGGGGGAUUCGGCCUUUUGUGUCAUGGUUGAUGAGUCACGAGAUGAGUCAAAGAAAGAGCAAAUGGCCAUAGUUGUGAGAUUUGUUGAUGAAGAAGGGAUGAUACAAGAAAGGUUCUUGGAUUUGGUUCAUGUUAGGGAUACUUUAUCAGCAACCCUAAAAACAAGUUUGUGGAAACAACUUUUGCAUUAUCAGUUUGAUGUUAGUAAAAUUCGUGGGCAAGGUUAUGUCGGUGCUAGCAAUAUGAGAGGGAAAUGGAACGGAUUACAAGCACUUGUUCUUGAAGAAUGUCCUUAUGCGUAUUACAUUCAUUGCUUUGCUCACAGGUUACAACUUGCCUUGGUUUGUGCUUCAAGGGAAGUUAUUCCAGUACACCAAUUCUUUACAUACUUCGUUGACAUAGUUAAUGUGGUUUGUGCUUCUAGUAAGCGGCAUGAUGAAUUACAAAAGGCAAAGGCAAGCGAGGUUGAAAAGUUAUUGGAACUGGGUGAAAUCAAUUCGGGGAAAGGACAGAAUCAACUUGGGACAUUAAGAAGAGCUGGUGAUACUCGUUGGGGGUCUCACUAUAACUCCGUUUGUAGUUUGAUUAAGAUGUUUGAUGCCACUCGUGUUGUUCUCGCAGGAAUAAUCGAUGACGUAGCUCAUACUACUUUUGCUCAACGUGGAGAUGCUAAAGGAGCUUGGCGUAACAUGCAAUCAUUUGAGUUUGUCUUUAUUCUUAACUUGAUAGAGAAAGUAAUGGGAAAAACCAAAAUACUUACUCAAGCAUUACAAAGGAAAUCCCAAGAUAUCCUAAAUGCCAUGGAAUUAGUUUCGGCAACAAAGAUUACUCUAAAUAAUUACAGAAACGAUGGAUGGGAUUCUUUAAUUAAAGAAGUUACUUUGUUUUGUAACAAACAUCUAAUAGAAGUUCCGGAUAUGAAAGCUCCAUUUACAUCUACUCGGUAUCGGGCUUGUAAAAACGAUCUUCAAUUUACAUUUGAAUAUUAUUACCGAGUAGAUCUGUUUACAUCCACAUUGGAUAAACAGAUACAUGAGUUAAAUAGUAGAUUCAAUGAGCGCACGAUUGAGUUGUUAUCUCUUAGUUCUAGUCUAGUUUCAAAAGUGAUUAACGUUGAUCAGAUUUCUCUUCUAGUUGAGAAGUUUUAUCAUGAAGAUUUUACGGACAAAGAGAUCACUGGGUUAUGA